GCCCGACAAGAAUCGCGACAUCGCAACUCCAGUGGCAAGACUCAUAAAGCGAUACCGCGAAGUAAUUUAUCAACCGUAGACCCCUCUGUGAACUCUAUCCUCUCGCAUGCAGACUGUUCAGAGAACGCUUCAUGUUAAUAUCUACCAGUUGCAAUCCCGUGUCUCUAAGCGCAACGCUGGCGGGUUACUGCAAAGUAUCCUUACGUCUGUCGUGAUCCCAGCGGAGCUGUGAGAUACACGACAAGGUCAUCUUUACCCACCAUGGCAACGGCCGACCUUGACCAGUCAAUGCUCUAUCCCAAGAUCACAACGCAUAUUCCAGAUAUCGUCGAGCAUCUGCACCGCUUGAACCGCGACCCUAGUCAUCCCAAUGUAAGCGUGGCCCUGGAGCCUGUACCCUUUAUCGGUACUGUCAAGCUUCAUGGUACGCAUGCAGAUAUACUCGUAUAUCCUGACGAUCGCAUCGUCUUCCAGUCGCGAAACAUCCCCGGUCUAUCUGUUGCAAAAGAUAACCAAGGUUUUGCAGCGACAAUGUUGAACAAAACCGAUGCCAUACUUCAACUGCGAAACCUGUACUUGGCACGAUGGAGAGAACUGAAUCCUAACGCAACGAUUGAAGAAAGUUUGCCCGUGCUCAUAGCCGGCGAAUGGAUAGGCGAGAAGAUACAAAAAGACGUCGCCAUCGCCCAACUCUCCCGCCGAUUCGUCGUAGUGUCAGUUAACAUCAACGGCCGAUGGCAGCAAGACCAGGAUUACCCUGAUAUCAAUUUGUCAGACCAUGAUAUCUACAACUCGUCAAGAUGUGGACAGUUCCACACAACACUCUACCCUGAAGACAUUGAGCGCACAGUAACCGAAGUGGAACGCAUGACCGAAGAAGUCGCUGCGCACUGUCCGUUUGCAGCAACUUUCGAUAUAUCCGGUCCGGGCGAAGGCAUUGUCUGGAAACCCGUUCCGCCUCAUUAUAAUGCCACCCCAGCUUUAUGGUUCAAGAGCAAAGGCGGAAAAUUCAAACCCACAUUCUUCCGCCUUCCAAAACAAACCGACACCAUGGACACAGUCAAAGAGAGGCGCAAAGCAGCCGCAGAUUCAGCAGUUGCGUGGUGCUCGCAACAGCGAUUAGAACAAGGCUGGGAUGUGCUGCGAGAAAAGGGUGUGGAACGAGAUGUAAGAGCGCUGGGAGACUUUUUGAAGUGGAUACAACUGGAUAUUUUGGAAGAAGAGAAGACGUACAUCAAAAGCUUUGGAGUUGAUGAGGCAAGCUUGAAGAUUGAAAUUGCCAAGAUUGCGAAACCAUGGUAUAGGGCGAAGCUGAGGCAACAAGACGAGUUGUGAUGCUUAAAAGAUCAAAUAAGGGUCACAAAGAGGCGACAUACUAGGCACCUACAGUGAGCUAUGACCAUGGGUUGAUAUGGAUUUUGCGUGUGUGACGAAAGCCGCCGGCUCUCGGAACAAGAUGCAAACUGGAAGUCACUCUUACAUCGAUCACUCUAU